GGGAGUCCCCGGGUCGCGCUCCGGCGAACGCAGUCGCUGAAUGGGCGCGGCGGACUUGGGAGGCGGACUACUCAGUCCCCCCGGGAAGGAGGGAGCUGGGGUCCAGAUCUUUGGUCUGAAGGAGCCUAGGGCACCGGGCUCCAAAAAGAGGGAGACACCGGGGGGCCUGGAUUUCUUUUCUUUUCUUUUUUUUUUUUUGUUGUUGUUGUUUUUGAGGAGUCUCUCUCUGUUGCCCAGGCUGGAGUGCAAUGGUGCGAUCUCUGCAAACUCUGCCUCCUGAAUUCAAGCGAUUCUCCUGCCUCAGCCUCCCGAGUAGCUGACACUACAGGUGCCGGAUACCACGCCUGGCUAAUUUUUGUAUUUUUAGGAGAGACGGGGUUUCACCGUGUUGGCCAGGCUGGUCUCGAACUCCUGGCCUCAGGUGAUCCGCCUGCCUUGGCCUCCCAAAGUGCUGGGAUUACAGGCGUGAGCCAUGGUGCCUGGCUGGGGCCUGGAUUUCUGAGUCUGUGUCUAAGGAGGUGCUGGAGGCUUUGUCUUCUGGGUCCUGCCCAUGGGGUUCUCGGGACUUCUCUGGACCACAGUCCUCUGCCAGACCCCUGCCAGACCCCAGUCCACCAUGAUCCAUCCGGGUCACAUCCUCUUCCUGCUUUUGCUCCCAGUGGCUGCAGCUCAGACGACCCCAGGAGAGAGAUCAUCACUCCCUGCCUUUCACCCUGGCACUUCAGGCUCCUGUUCCGGAUGUGGGUCCCUCUCUCUGCCGCUCCUAGCAGGCCUCGUGGCUGCUGAUGCGGUGGCAUCGCUGCUCAUCGUGGGGGCGGUGUUCCUGUGCGCACGCCCACGCCGCAGCCCCCCCCAAGAAGAUGGCAAAGUCUACAUCAACAUGCCAGGCAGGGGCUGACCCUCCUGCAACUUGGACCUUUGACUUCUGACCCUCUCAUCCUGGAUGGUGUGUGGUGGCACAGGAACCCCCGCCCCAACUUUUGGAUUGUAAUAAAACAAUUGAAACACCU